UGAAAAUUUAUCCUUCAAUCUCUCGAAGUAUCCAGAGUUUUGUCCAUUCUCAGUUUAUCACUGCUCGCUAGGGUUUUAUCGAUCUGAGCAGCGGCAUUACCUUUCAACCAAAUGUCGCUCUCCCGGCAUCUUCUUCGGAACCCCAUUUCCACCCAAGCCCUAAAGCUCCACCAUCUCCGAUCGCUUUCCGCCACCGCCGAAACCCAGGCGGCGUUGGAGAAGAAUCUCCACCAGCAGAGCCACAAAUUCCUGGCGCCGAGCGAGUACCUGAACUCGUGGAAGCCCCCGAGGGAUCCCAAGGAGGCGGAAGCCCAGCUCGCGCUUCUCCGCCGCGAGUAUGCCAAGAAGGUCAAGGUGGUCCGCAAGGAUUACAUCAAGGAGAUGGAGGUCCUGCGGCUCGAAAAGCUGAGAAAAGCCGAGGCCAAGAAGGAAGCUUUGAGGAUCGCAAAUGAGGAGCGGAAGGCUGCUAAAGCCGCUGAGAAGAAGGCCAAGGCUGAAGAGAUAGCCAUCUUUGAAGAGGAAUUCCGCCGAACUCUCCUAAAAGAAAGACAAGAGAAGCUUGAAUACUGGAGGAUGAGAGAAACUAAAAUUAAAGAAAAGAAGACAAAGGGGAAUGAGCUUUUGCGUCGAAAAAGUUCGUUGUGGAUUGAUGAGGAGGACCUGGAGGCCAAGUUACUUGAUGCCUCCUGUAAACCCACUCCCCUCUGAAUCUUUUUAUAAUCGGUUGUUUAUUUCAUCAACUUAAAGAGUAGUUGGCCUAUUGGUGCUACAGAACCAGAACUGCUAUGUUUUAGUGUUUUAAAAUUCCAAACAUACAAUGCAGUUUUGGUAUUCUUGUUUAUUUUUCUUAUCAAAUGUAGUUUUGAUCAAAGUUGAAGAUAAUAAAGAUUUGGAGUUUGUAUCUAA